CUGGCGCCAGCUGAGGUUUUUGUUGGAGGUACACACAAAUAUAUGGAGAGUAUAUUACGAUAGCGCUACCGUAAAGCGUUUGCUUUUUCUGCCAUAGUAACAUCACUUUUAAUGCAGCUUUAGAGUUCUAUAUCCGUUUUUAAGUAAAAUAGCAGUCUUGAACACGGGGUUGGCAGGGGAGACGAUCUCUUGCCACGUUGGGUUUGCAUGUAGUGAAAACGACCCUCGACACAGAGAAAAGGCAAAGCAAUGUCUGGUCGUAUGACCAUUGGCGGCGCGCUAGGGCUUAUCCUAGCUUGUAGUGUUGGCGUUUUCUUUCUGUAUCGCUUAGAAAGUGAGCCACUUGUCCCUCCAUUUCACCGCGGAAUGGACUUAAGAUCGAUCUUCGAGCUCAACGAAAACCCGCAAAGCCAAGCAGUUCUAAAACUUGUUGAGAAAAUGAUCAUCCGACUAGACGCUAAACCAGACAACCUAGAAGACCUGGCAAAAAGUUUUUCUAACUCCCUUGCGUGGGGUAAGAAACCUAAGGUCAUUCUGGUAUAUACGUCAUUUUUUGGUGACCUCCCAUGGUUAUUUCUUAAAACAAGCGAUAUUCUCAACUCUUUUGUCGACAAAGCAGUGAGUCCACUGUUUCAUUGUCGCCUAACGUAUAACAAAAGCGAGCUCACCAUUAGUGAUGCCGUAGUUUUCCACGGUAGAGACCUCCCAUCAGUGAAACACAUGAAAGAGCUCAUAAAACAAAAGCCUCCAAGCCAACGAUGGGUAUUUUUCAUACUGGAAAAUCCCCACCACACUUGGAAACCUCUCGAUAAAUUGAACGGAAUGUUUAAUUGGACGAUGACCUACAGACGCGACUCCGAUAUUUUUGCGCCGUAUGGUAUGUAUUAUGAAGAUCCUUCAAAUAAGCGAACUAGUAACAGGAAUUACGCUAUGGGGAAGGACAAACUGAUUGUAUGGCCUGUUAGUAACUGCGGUUACCCGCGCGAGAAACUUGCUUUAAAACUGAGUAAGCUGAUUCCUGUUCACGUAUUCGGUGGGUGUAGAUCGCGAUUUCCUAAACACAGCGAGGGGACUAGCUGUAGACGAUUUACGAAGGAAUGUGACAACCUUAUGAGAAGAUAUAAAUUCAGGCUUUCUUUUGAGAACAGGAACUGUAAAGAUUAUAUCACGGAAAAGUAUUGGGGACCUCUGGAACAAGACAUUGUACCGAUAGUGCUUGGGGGAUCCAACUACGAUAGCAAUGUGGCUGUACCGGGAUCUUAUAUAAAUGUCAUGGAUUUUCCAUCCCUAAAGGCAUUGGCCGAUUAUUUAAAUUACUUAGACAAAAAUGAUACGGCUUAUAAUGAGUAUUUUGCAUGGAAAAAGAAAUAUUCCGCGAGACAUUUCGAGAGUUCAUACACAUGCCUACUGUGUGCGGCAUUGAACUUACAGAUACAACCAAAAGUUUACAACGAUUUAGAGAAGUUUUGGGGUAUUGACGAAAACUGUAAAAUACAUGAUCAAAAAAUGUUUAAUCUCACCAAUCAAUGACGCACAUUUAUCAUGUAUGUACUUGUAUACGACAAGAAUAAUCAGUUUUUUUCAAUUAAUGUUUUUUUUUUAAAUAUCAUUCUUGAUGGAAAUAGAAAGACAAAAUCAUUGGUCAUUUUCCGCUUUCCCAGAAAUUAAACAUCACUAACUAAUAAGUUUAAUGGGUUAUUUUAGAAAAUUUGCUAGGCAAAGGGGAGAUACAUAUUUGUCAGUGGAAAGGUGUAGCAGGGCAACCGCUAGAAAUGGAACUGCUGGUUUUGUAUAGCUCAUUCGAGAGCAUUUAUAAUUGAUAGUUUACUUGCGCGCUUAGGAUGUCUUUAAGUGCCUAAGAGGCUCACAGGGAGUUGUUUUUUAGCUUAGCACCGGGCGCCGAAAAAGUAGACAAGAGAUACAAACGCACACAAGCACUAAAAAUAAUCAACAACGCAAAGCUAAAAAAACAACUCUAACUUUAUUCAAAGGCCUGGCUAAACGAUAAAACAUGUACAUUCAACACAAAUGUUUGAUGAAAAUGUUUUGAUCUGGUUCAAACAUCUGAACGUGUUGAAAAAGCCAAUUUAGUGCCAUGUUUUGUGGGUGGCUAAACGUACAAACAUUUGCGUCAAACGCAAUGUUUGACAAACAUGUUUGACAAACAUGUUUGAAUGUUUAGCCAGGCAUUAAGACCAUGUUACGUUCUUUGAUUGACUUUCAAGGCCUCUCGCGGGUAAUUGUUUUAGAAAACACGUUCAAAUUGAGACCCGUUUAGUAGUCCUUUCAAAGUGUGCGCUCGAUCUGAUCUUUGGCGAACAUAAUCACCAAUGCUUCUAGUUUGCAAAUUUUGAAAUAAAAAUGAGAUAUUAAUAAUAGGCGAGGCGCGACGCACGUGCAAAUCAAGUCGAAGUUUUGGGGGUUUAGUACAAAAUCUAAAAAAAAUAUGUAUUUGCAAACCACUCUAUUUUGCGUAUAUCAGCUCAGUCACAAUUGUUGUCGUAUAUGACAAGCGGACCACCGAGUUGAUUCCUUGGAAAUAUAGAAGAGUAAGUUACAGUAGUAGAGGAAGACUGACACUCGAUUGUUUUCAGUAUUCUAAGGAAUCGAUUCGGUGUUGUCAUAUAUGACAUCGAGUGGGACGGACCCCAUAUACGCAAAGUACGGUGGUGAUUGUCCUUUAAAAAAAAAUGCUCGGAAACGUUACAUUUAUUUUGUUUUCUUUAAAGACCUUAAAAUACGUCAAAACGUCAAAUGGUUUAUAAAAGAUCCCUGAGUCUGUGUACCGUAUAUGCGUCGUCGAGGUGACAAGACCAUCGCAUCAAAACUCGUAUCGAGAUAACGUGCCCCAUAAUUAUCUGUCAUAAAUCAACAACCUGAGAAAAAGAAAGACAAGAAGUUAUUAAAAGAGCCAAUAACCUUCAUGGAAAUAUGAACCUACAUUUGGUUAGGGUUAAAGGGGUACUUGGGAGAAGAGAGUUUGUUUAAAAUUUGGUGUUGAGAAUUUUUUUGAAAGUUUGAUAACAGUCAAAAUCAUGCGAAGUGACCAUAAUGUCUAUAUUAAAUGGUCUGUCAAAUAAAACAAAUACUUUUUAUGGUUUUAAAGUCUCACAUCGAACGGUUAAAAAAGUAAUAAAUGGAUUUUGUAAAAUGA